UGACACUGCCAGCACAGCGAGAGGGAGGGAGCUGAAAAUUCGCCUGAUAUUUUCCAUUGCGCCACAUCCUGUGGGUUUCAUCGUUCUACAUAUUUUUUUUAAAAUUGUGAUCCUCACCCAUCAGUCUCGAGAAUAAUCUACAAAUAAUUUCGUGACAUUUACACGGCGACAAGCAUGGCUUUCAGUCUUGUGCUCUGCAUUCUGAAUCUGGGCUUUGCAGUGAGCACUGAGAUGGUCACAGUUGUCCAAAGCCCGGCUUUCAUUAAGGUAACCGAGGGGGAGAUGGCGGUUCUGCACUGCAUGCACGAAGGGAUUAGCGGAGUAAGUGUCCACAAGUGGUACAGGGGCAGUAAAAAUGGAACUGAACUUUCUAACCGUACAACAGAAUAUAGAGGCCGGGUCAUUGGACCAAAUAGGGAGCAAUCGGACGGAAAGGCAGGCGCUUCGAUUCAAUUAACAAAUGUAACGUUGAGCGAUGCGGCGACCUAUUAUUGCAAAGUGGAAUUUAUAACAGCUGGCGAAUAUUAUGGGCAAGGAACAACACUUAUUGUGACAGCGAGGAAGUCGAAUCAAACGCAAUGGCCAGCUAAUUUCAUGGAUGCACAGACAGCCCUGCUUGUGACAGCCGCGCUGUUUGGACUGGCCUUGUGCUCAGCGAUAAUCACUGCCAUUUUCUACCGAAUCAAAAUUAAAGGGAAACGUGAUGAAAGACAAUCGAGCACAAUUGACAUUCAGGCAAACGAAGUCGAUAAUGUGCAGUAUUGCACACUGAACUUCAAUGAAGGGAAAAGAACAUUCCGAACUUCCAUAGAUAAAGACAAGGUUGCGUGUGGUUUUUUAAAAGAUGAAUUAGUGUUUUAUCAUCCAACAUCAUAACCUGUUGCACAUCACGGAGGCACCAAACUCAAAAUAUGCAUCAUUUUUGUACUGCUAUCGCUCCAUUUAUUCUUCAUGAUAUGAUUACGACAUCAGCGAUCACGUUGUUAAUCCAGAAUCAUUUAUAUUAAAUGUUGAUAAGUUUUGCCCAUUAUAUAUUUGGAUGAGUCUAAAACAUUGAACCCCAAUUAUUAAAUUACCCAUGAUG